ACAGUGCAGUCAGUGAAGGUGCGACGUUUCGAGCUGUUAGCUUCUUAGUGAGUUAGCCUCCCGAACAUUUUUGACUUUUCAUCAGCGUGUCGGCGCCGAUAAUCUUCACAACAUGGCCGAGACGGACCCCAAGUCUGUGCAGGACCUCACUAACGUGGUCCAGACUCUGCUGCAACAGAUGCAGGACAAGUUCCAGACCAUGUCAGACCAGAUCAUCGGCAGAAUCGAUGAGAUGAGCACACGUAUUGACGACCUGGAGAAGAACAUCGCUGACCUGAUGACCCAGGCGGGUGUGGAAGAGAUCGAGGCACCACCAGAGAAGGCGAAGGAGGGUCCAGGGUCAUAAUGAAGAUAACGAGGUGUGAAGUCGGUCCCGACUCCGGGAGCAGCAGACUUUCUCAUCCCUGGAAAUGACUUCUAUUGAUUUGGUUUGUCGUUGUGUGAAAUGCUUUUUUUUUUUACAUAUAUAUUGAAUAUUGUGAUACACGGUUACAGUUGUGUAAUGACUUGGAAAGCUGAACAUUAUUUGUAGGCUAGAAUAGUGUGACGAGCCCUCUGGAACUUAAAAUGCUCACAUGCAGGAAUGCAACUUUGGAUUUUAGUGUGCCGACUUGGAGGUUUUUUGUUUUUUCCCCCGGCUGCCAUCGUUUGUCGUAGUUAAUUCGGUCCCGUGAGGCGAAGGCCGGCGGGGACAGCUUUGCUCAAGCCUGUGCUGAAGUGUAACCGGCAAGCUGACAGGCCAGUAGAAGCUCCGCCCCCACCAACACGAACAUCUGAAGCCUGCAGUGUUUUACGAGCAGCACUGUUAACGACCAAGAUGUUGGAUGCAUUCCAGUUCUGAUUUUCUUCUAUUAAAGCUAUUUAAUACGACGCUGUUUGUCAUGUAUCACAUAAUAUUUGUCCAGGUGCUUUUUAACUAAUUAACUCUGAGGUGCUCAGUUUGUUUGUUUAUUUUUUCAAGCUGUAUUUUAAGAAGCAAAUUAUCUGGAAUGACAUUGUUGCAUGUUUUGUUUGCUCUACAUAGUUAAUGAUGUAUUGGAAUGACUUAUUAUUACACUAAGGUCUGCUGAGCAACAGGGAUUUAAUCUUCUAUAUCGUAGAAAAUGUUAUGUCACAUUUAUCACGGAUGGAAUUAGAGAUAUUUGUCAAUUGCGCACAAAGGUGGAUUUUUGACAAACUGUAAAUACACUGUCACUGCAUAACAGGAACCUUUAUUCAAAUGAAUGCAAACACAAAAAUGUAAAAACAAAAUGACUAACUAACAUUUUCCAGAAUGAAGUGCCAAAAGUAACAGGAUGGAUGAAUAGCAGUAAACAAAACAUGUCACAAGGAUGGGGCUUGAUCAUGUCACAUGAUCUCAAAGCUCAACAUCAGCAGUCUUUGAACGUACUGAUGCAACAUUAAAGUACUGUAUGUUAUAUAAAGUGAAUGGUUCCUUAAUUGCGUCACAGUUCCAGAAGUUUGAAGUUAGAACUCAAAGUCGCGCUCCGUCAUGUCCAGGGCCCAGGCAAACUUGUCCCGUUGGCUCUUAUUAUAUAUUUUUUCUACAGGUACCUCCAUGUUCUUACUCCUACAACACACAGAGAACAAGACUGUUGAGUAUGCACUGUAAAAUAAACAUUAAUCAACCAAACA